UUUAAUCAGAAAUGUACGGGCUACAAUCAUGCAGUAUUAAGAAAAGGUUUUAGUUAUUUUUUAAAGUUUCUGAAAAACUGGUUUUCCAGAAAACCGAUCUUUGAAGACCUAGCAGCAGCAGUCAUGGUGAUAUUCGGAAUCAGCAUGGUUGAUUAUCUAUAGUCAAUUAGGUUUUGACUGGAAAACGAUUUAUAAGUUGGCGGACCUCCCUCGUCAGUUUCUUCGUUUUCAUGCCUUCUAUUCUCUUUGGUUUCUAUCAUUCAGGAAUUGCUUAUCAUAAAAAUUCAACAAUUAUUAUUUGUGAUACAGAAGGUCUAAUGUCACUUGAAGAAUCCGGUUCACUAUUUGAUAAUCAAAUGAUAACAAUGGCCAUAUUGUCAUCAAAUUUAGUUAUUAUUAAUCAUAAAGGUGAAUUAAGUUCAAAUGUAGAAGAUCUCAUUGGAAUGUCAUUAUACGCUAAAAUUCAAAUUGGUGGUACACCAGUAAAAUCAAAAUUAUUAUUUGUUCUACGCGAUCAAACAAAUCGUGAUUUAAAAAUAUUUUCACAACAAUUAAAUAAAUUAAAAGAUAAUUUACAAGAAAAAGGAAGUUUUUUAAAAGUAAGUAUUGAUGAAGAAUUAGAUAUUAAAUCGGACAAUAUUCGUUUAUUACCAAGUGCAUUUACAGAAGAUAUAAAUCCAGAUUAUAAUAUUGAACAACGAUGGCGUACACAAACAUUUCCAAUAGAAAUAAAUAAUUUACGUACAAAUAUAUUUCUAAGUUUAGAUGAACAAAUACAACAACAAAGUCAACAAAAAUGUUUAUGUAAAACUUUUGAUUAUUUAUAUAAUAAAUUAACAAAUAAUUGGAAAUUAAUUGAUGAUUUAGGUGGAAGUUUAUUAGAAUGUAAAAAUUUGUAUGCAUUAAGUAUACAAAAUGAUUUAAAAGAAAUUGCACAAAAAAUUAUUGCGGAAAAAUCAAAAACAUUAUAUAGUCAAUGUAAAGAUUUAUUAGAUAAUGAAUUACAAAAACAAAAUGAAUUAUCACCUGUUAUUUAUAUGAAAAGUACUAUUGACUAUGGUACAAAAUUAUUAAAUGAUCAAACAACAAUAUUUGUUCAUGAAGCUAUCGAUGAAUUUAUUUCACAAACCCAACAAUCUUAUUAUGCACGUACACGAACUAGUGUACAAAAUAAUAUUGAACCAUCUAUAAGAAAUACACAAAAUUAUUUGCAACAAUUAUUCGUAGAAGAUGUUUAUCGAGCUAUACAGAAAAAGAUGGCCAUAGAUUUUGAAAAAAAAUUAUCAAAAUUAGCUAAACGAUUAACAAAAAUAAAAGAUAAUGAACAACAAAGUAACGUAGAGUUUUUGUUAGAUUAUCAAAAAGAGAUACAAUUUCUAGUACACACAUGUUUUUUGUCUAGAUCAGGCAUGGGCGAAUCCGAGUCCAGACUGGAAGAUUUUUUGGUGGACUCGGACUUGGACUCGGACUGGAGAUUUUUUAAAGGACUCGAACUCGGACUUGAGCUUUUGUAUUUCGAGUCCGAUCUAUUCAACUUUCAACACAAAUGAGCAGAGAAAAAUGAAAAGCGAAAUAAUAACACCUUCUGUUUCACAAGAAAUUGAAAAUUUUGUUCAGAAAAUAGA